CAAAGCGUCGGUGUCAAUAUACUCUUGCGGGCCCUUGCACUCCAUCAUUUGUUUUUUAGACGUUCGGUGUUUGAGUGUAGUGGUGAAGAAGCAAGUUUUGUCUUAUUUAGGGAAAUGACAACGUUCGAGGAUAAAUUGUUGGGAGAAAAGGCCCACUGUUACUGCAGCAGUAGUGAGAGUGAAGGGGAGAAAUCAGAUGAUGAAGAUGGUGUUAAAGAAGUGAUGAAGGAAGCAGAAUCUGUUCCUCCUCCAGAUCCAUAUAAAUGGGAAGGAUCUUCAACAAACACAGGCCCCAAAGGUGUAAUGAAAGACUGGCAGAGGUUCAAACAGUUGGAAAUCGAGAAGAGAGCUGAACAAGAAAAAGAAAGGCAAGCUCUAAUAGAAAAACUGUCUCUUACUUGUAAGUCGCCAAUGGAAGAAGACGCUAAGAAAAAUGCAGAUGUGGAUCCAGAGAUGGCGGAAUUAUUGUCAGAUGAAUUUUUACUGCAAUAUCAGAAGCAAAGAAUGGAAGAAAUGAUGGCUAAGUUGGCCACUCUCCCAACAUUUGGAAAAGUUUUGAACCUUAAAGAUGGGCAAGAAUUCCUCGAUGCAAUUGAUAAAGAAGAUAAAGCUGUCACGAUUGUAGUACAUAUAUAUGAAGAAAAUAUUCCAGGCUGUGAAGCAAUGAAUGGGAGUCUUAUUUCCCUGAGCCAAGAUUAUCAGCAGGUUAAAUUCUGUAAGAUGAUUGGAUCCGUUGCAGGAAUAAGUAAACGCUUUAAAAUAAGUGGAGUUCCAGCUCUUCUGGUGUACAAGGCAGGGCAGUUAGUUGGAAACUUUGUUCGUGUCAGUGAGGAAUUAGGUGAUGACUUUUUUUCAGAAGAUGUGGAAAGUUUCCUUUUGGAGCAUGGCAUGCUACCAGAUAAAACUUGUGUGCCAUCGAUCAUCAAGUCACAGAAUGAUGCUGAUGAUAGUGAUCUCAGCCUUGAAUGACGGUAGCAUUUGAUACGAAGGCAAAUGUGCAUAACAAAAUGUUGCAUAAUUGCCUUUAAUGUUUGCAGUGUUUACAUUGUUAUUCAGGUCUGCAACUGCCUUCUUGUUGAACACACUUAACACCAGGCUUUAUAUGUAUGUGUGGCAGGUAGUGCAAAAUGAAAUGAGACCUGAUGCUAUUUAGGUGUUACAGAAUUGUUCACUUAUUGCUGUUAAACUUGAUUCCUUUUAAAUUAUGUGUUUAGUUACAGAAGCCAAGUGCAUUAAAAUUUGGAUCCUGUUGGAAUUGCAGUUGCAGUCAUUCUGAGAUAAGUCAUUUUUUAUGACUUAUGACUUCCCUUUUCAGUCUUUAGUUUUCAGCACACCACAGUGAUCCUGGUGGGUAUGAUUGUAAUUGCGUGGCAGUAUUGUGUGGUUUGAUUGCAGUUUAAAAUAAUGUUUAGAUUAUGAAUAUGUUUGGAAGUUGUUUUUGUCAUUUUUUGUAUAUGAAAUGUGUGUUAACCCUUUAAAGAAUGAAACAGAUCUUAAUAAUAUAUAGAAGUCAGUUUCUAAUACAAACACACCACCAAGCGACUUCCAAGAAAUUUGUUGUCCCUUAUUCUGAGAGCCAGUUGAAUAUAAGGAGUACUCCUUCUGGAAGAAUUCCAAGUUUUUUAACAGUAAAUGAGGUGGUACAUAGGAUUACUAUUACUUGAUAAAGGGUUAGUAUGCUGAACAAAGCACUCUGCUUUGGCAGUCAGUUGUAAAGUUUUAUAAUACUUCACAUUUUCAUAGUGAUAUCGUAUUCAGACUGUAAAUUGCAUAAUGGGUGAAUACAAUUUGAAAACAAGAGGUCCUGUUUGAUGCAAUGAA